CCCGGUUCUAUUUUUUUCAAAAAGACGCGGGAUUCAGCUGGAGAGAUGGUGCUACAGUGUGGAAAGAUCUGAAAGAACUCAGCACUCUGUAAGCAAACUUUUGAGAACUAUGAGAUGCGGCUUAUGGAAAUCAGGCAGCUGCCUACACCACUCACUCCUGGACUAUGUCUGCUGAUGGUGACAUACUGAAGAAGCCUGCGCAUGGUCUCCUUGAUGAACAGGACUCAGUUCUCUUCAUGCCUAUUUGCCUGGCCUUAUCAUCUCCAUUUUACACCAACAGCAGGUUUUAGCAUCAGUUUUUUAUUGCUACUGCUCAGAAUCAGGAUUGGUGAUACUCCCAGAAGUUCUUUCAUUGUACAGGUUGAGGACAAAGCCUGGUACUUGAUAGUCUACCACUGAAAUAAAUUCCCAUCCCAACUUGAAUCAUUUUGGAGUUCGUGUUGCAGCUGAGUUAUUCAUUUCAUUUCUAAGCCACCAUGAGUUGUAAGAAGCGCAGAUCACAGAAGAUCCCAUUUAAUACAAGGAAAAAUAAAAAAAUCGAUGACUUUUUCUCUCAGGUUCCCAAAGAUGAGCAGAAUGAUCCCAGUAUUUCUCAAGUAAAAGUUGACUCCAAAAAAGUGCCAAGGGAUAUAACCAACACCAGGGACCAAAGACCACUUUCACCUAAGAAAAUUCAACAAGAUCAGUCUCUUCCCCGAAAUAAGAAAAUUAUAGUUACCAUGGGCGUGAACUCUAGGAAACACAAAAACAUGAAAUAUGAGCUCACAUGUAGGGAGACAAGUAGCUUGUAUGCAGCACUCAACACUCUGGAUGCUGUCAAAGAAGAGAUAGAAAGUCAAAAGGGAAAAGGAAUGCUGGUGUGUGGCAAAGAAGGGAUUGAAGGGUACUUAAACCUUGGCAUGCCCCUCUGCUGUAUACCAGAAGGCAGCCACGUGUCUGUUAUAUUUUGUCAAUGCAAAAGUAAGACAGAUGAAAAUAAGCAGUUCUUUGAAUCACAGGACCAACCAUCUACCAAUUACGUGCAAUUUUACAUUCAUGCAGUUGGGAGUAAGAGGAAAAAGAUUUUGAAGUGUGGGGAACUUCACAGUGCGGGAAAUAAACUCUGUGUCUAUGGCUCCAAAGGAGAGACCAUCAGGGACAUUCUGAGGAAGGAUGGCAGGUUUUGUUCUUUCAUAGAGUGUGACGAUUGGAAACUCAUUAGUGACCUGGACACCAUCAUAGAAAACACUCAGCCAGUUGAUAAGUUAAAGGGCAAGCUUUGUCAGAUUGAGACUGAGCUACCAAAGAAUCGUAGGGUAGUGCCUGUCACUCAGAAUUCUGGGUUAGAGAAUGGAAACUUCCAUAAGCUAGAAGACUACAUUGUGGAUGAGUACCCUACAUUGCAAGAAGAAGGAGAAAAACUUAGAGCAUACAUCAAGGAAAAGAGUGAUAAAAGAAAGAAGAAAGCUUCCUUAUUCAAAGUACAUAAAGAACACUUUGGGAAAAUGACAAAAAAUUCUACUCCUGCAAAAGUGGUCAAACAUCAUUUUAGGGUCAUUGACUCAGUUGGGUUGCUGUGGUGGAACAACAAUGGAAAUGUGGGCUGUGCCACCUGCUUUGUUUUUAAAGGACUGUACAUUUUGACUUGUCGGCACGUGAUAACUAGCAUUGUGGGUAAAGGCAUAGAUGAGAGUAACUGGGCAAGCAUAAUUAGUCAGUGUGUAAAGGUGACUUUUGAUUACUACGAGUCACCAUUAAUGGAAGACAAGUUUUUUGUUGUUGAACCUUGGUUUGAGAUAUCUGAUAAAAAUCUUGACUAUGCUGUCCUGGCACUGAAGAAAAAAGGACAAGAAGUACCUGCUGGACUGUAUAAUGGAAUAGGACCUGCACCACUUAGUGGGUUGAUUUAUAUCAUUGGCCAUCCUGAGGGAGGAAAGAAGUCUAUUGAUGGCUGUACAGUGGUUCCUAAAGAUAAUAGAGGAAAAAAAUGUCAGGAAAAUUUUCAAGCAAGAGAAGAAGCAGGCUACUGUUUCCCUACAUCUUUUAUCCAUAUGUUCACACAAAGAAGUUUCCAGGAAGUGCUUCACAACAAUGAUGUGAUUACUUAUGACACCACUUUUUUUGGUGGGUCUUCUGGAUCCCCAGUAUUUGAUUCUAAUGGUUCAUUGGUGGCCAUGCAUGCUGCUGGCUUCAUUUGUACAUAUGAGGGUAGAGUUUGUAAUAUCAUUUCUAAUAUCAUUGAGUUUGGUUCUACUAUGGAAUCCAUUGUUGCUAAUAUUAAGCAAAAUGACCAGUGGUAUAAUAAAAUUUUUGCAAAUGAUCAGGAUGUAGAAAUGCUGAGCACAGAUUCCUGAGGACAGGAAAGAGUUUAGUCUAUUUUACAACUUUAAGGGAUUUGCCUGUAGAGUUUUUCUACAAACAACAAUGUUUUAUGAACUUUCAAAAUGAUUGAUUUCAUGCACAAAUGGUAGUUCUAGAUUACAUCCUAGGUACCAGGCAUUUUCACAUUUAUUAAAACCAACUAUCAAAAAACGAAACCAUCAAUUGAACUAUUAUGUAAGGUAACAUGAAAAAGAAAAUUAAGUGCUCAUGUGGUCUGGGGAAUCCUAGUGCCAGGAGAUGCUAAGAUAUGAAGAAGUUCACAGCAUAGAAACUGGAGGUGUCUGCCAAAACAGUCAUGGGAAAGAAAAAAGCCUACCAUGAUUCUGGAAACCUGAGCCAAUUUCAAACACACUCAUUUGGUUCUACCCAUAUCUUCCUUCUCUGCUGACCAGAGCUCAGCCAGGACACUGAAUCACAGAGUUUUCAGCCCUAAGAUGCCCCUGAACAUAGUUGCCUUUCUUCCACUUUGGCUUGGAUCUGAAAUGAACCCUCAAGGAAUGGUUUUGGACAUCAUUGAGCAGGCAAGGAGCUGGUCUCUGCCAUAGAAUGUGUGCACCUGAGAAUUCCUGGAGAGCAAACAAUGGAAUAGUGGUUUCAACUUCAUAGGAUUCACAAUGGAGAGGGCUAGGAGGAUACUGGACACAGCCUAGGGCAAUCCUCUACAGUGUGACACUCACGUCCUGGUCCCUUGGAGAGAAAGGCAGCUGUGUUCAAGAAGUAAUCUCAUCAAAAUCAGGGGCUGGAGAGAUGGCUCAGCAGUUAAGAGUACUGACUGCUCUUCCAACAGUCCUGAGUUUAAAUCCCAGCAACCACAUGGUGGCUCCCAACCAUCCUUAAUGAGAUCUGAAGUCCUCUUCUGUUGUCUGAAGAUAAGUACAGUGUACUCAACGUAUCAUAAAUAAAAAAUAAAUCUUAAAAAAAAAAGCUGAGCAGUGGUGGCGCAUGCCUUUAAUCCCAGCAUUUGGGAGUCAGAGGCAGGUGGAUUUCUGGUAUACAGAGUGAGUUUCAGGACAGCCAGCGCUACACAGAGAAACCCUGUCUCAAAAAAAAAAAAAAAAAAAAAAAAAAAAAAAAAAAAAAAACCAUAAAAAUCAGAGUCAAUGAGAACUUACAUACAGAAAACAAGAGGACUUAGAUUCUUUGAGGGAAAGUGGAAAGAGUAGAUGAGAUGCUGAGGGAAGGUCUGAUGCUAAGAGAUCUGGCAAUUGCUUCAAUUCUUCCGUUAUCAGAACUGAAAUAUGUCUUGUUCUAGAGCUAACAUGAUUCUCAUCCACAAGUCCCCUUAUUUUGCAGACAUCUCCUAGUGCUAUUGUGAGAUAUUUUGUGUCCCCUGCCCAAUGUAUUGUUCACAAAUCAUAUACACGUGAAUCAUCAUUAAAAAAAGUGUAAUAUCUGCAGUGAGUUUUGAAAUAUAAGAUGAAAAAUUUAUUUGUAUGGCAUUCGCAUUGUUUUUGGUUCAAAUACUCAUUAUAUAUUAUAAAGUAAUAAAUGGUUUCACCGUUGUUAUCUUUAA